AUGGCUGUAGCUGAUGCAAAUUAUAAAUUAAUUUAUGUGGACAUCGGGUCAUAUGGGAAAGAUUCUGAUUCCACUAUUUUUAGAAAUUCGGUGCUGUGGAAGAAUUUGGAGAGAAAUAAUUUAAAUAUUCCUACAUCGUCACAAGUACCAGGAAUAAAUAUUCCUAUACCUUAUGCUUUUGUUGGUGAUGAAUCUUUUGGUUUAAACACGCAUUUGCUUCGGCCAUACUCCGGUACUCAUUUGCCAAAUCGAAAAAAAUUGUUUAACUAUCGCUUGACACGUGCUAGACGAUAUGUGGAGUGUACAUUCGGUAUACUUUCAAAUAAAUUGCGUAUAUUCCACAGGCCUAUUGAUGUAAAAGUAGAUUUUGCUGUCGAUAUCGUAAAAAGUUGUUGUGUAUUACACAAUUUCGAUCGCGAUCGGGACGGAUUUAGUUUUGAUGAUACACUAACUAUAAAUGGCUUUGAAGAAUUUGAUGUUUUAAAUAAUUCAGGAAUAAAUCGAAAUACAAAUUUGAUUCGUGAUGCUCUAUCUCAUUAUUUUAUGAGUGACGAAGGAAAAUUGCCAUGGCAGUUUGAAAAAAUCUAA